AUGUCUUCCAAGCAAGCCACAUCUCCUUUUGCCUCUGUGGUUGAUGGAGAUGAUGCCAUGAGCCAGGACCACUUGUCUUGGGAAAAAGAGGAGACGGCUGACGCCCACUGCACACCACAGCUGCCGCUGCACAAUCUGCUCCAUGGAAAAGCCCACCCAGAUGAAAUUCAGCCGCUGAGCAGUGUACCGCCAGAGAAUGACUGGGACAGUUUGGUAUCUGCCCAGCAGCGCAUGGAAUCUGACAGCAAUAAAGUAUGCUCCUUGUACUCCUUUCGCAACAAUUCCACUUCCCCACAUAAGCCUGAGGAGGGGGCCCGGGAGCGAGGCGACCUGCUGAGUGCAUCAGCAUUUGGAACUCCGGAGCGCCGCAAAGGAAGCCUGGCAGACGUUGUGGACACACUGAAGCAGAAGAAGUUGGAGGAGAUGACAAAGACAGAGCAAGACGAUUCAUCCUGCAUGGAGAAACUACUCUCUAAAGACUGGAAAGAGAAGAUGGAGAGGCUCAACACAAGCGAUCUUCUAGCCGAUGUAAAAGGUACUCCAGAGAGCCUGGCAGAGAAGGAACACCAACUCUCUACAAUGAUUAGUCAACUGAUCAGCCUACGAGAGCAGCUCCUGGCUGCCCAUGACGAACAGAAGAAGCUGGCUGCUUCACAAAUGGAGAAACAAAGGCAGCAAAUGGAGUUGGCUCGUCAGCAGCAAGAACAGAUUGCUAGACAACAGCAGCAGCUUCUGCAGCAGCAGCACAAGAUCAACCUUCUACAGCAGCAGAUCCAGGUCCAGGGUCACAUGCCUCCGCUCAUGAUCCCCAUUUUUCCACACGACCAACGCACUCUGGCAGCAGCCGCCGCCGCCCAGCAAGGCUUUCUCUUCCCUCCGGGAAUGUCUUAUAAACCAGGUGAUAACUAUCCUGUGCAGUUCAUUCCCUCUACAAUGGCAGCUGCGGCAGCGUCAGGACUCAGCCCCCUCCAGCUGCAGCAACUGUACGCCGCCCAACUUGCCAGCAUGCAGGUCUCUCCUGGAGCCAAGAUGCCUCCACUCCCACAGCCCCUCAAUGCCAGUGGGCCCAUUUCCCCCUCCUCUCUGAAGAAUGACAAGAGUUCCUCCAGCCCUAUCACUCAAGUCAAGGAGGAAGGAACACAGCCGCUCAAUCUUUCAGCUCGCCCAAAGACGACAGACAUGGUCAAGUCUCCGACUUCCCCCACGCAAAACCUGUUUCCCGGCUGCAAAGGCAACCCCAACAGUUUCGCAAACAAGGGCGGUAUCCCCAGCCCGCUCGGAGGAGGCCUUGGCCGUGGCUCCUCGUUAGACAUCCUGUCCAGCCUCAACUCUACUGCAUUGUUCGGGGACCAGGACACAGUAAUGAAGGCCAUCCAGGAGGCUCGAAAAAUGAGGGAGCAGAUUCAGAGAGAACAGCUGCAACACCACCAGCAGGGCAUGGAGGCGAAGCUGUCUGCCCUCACCUCAGUCGGCCUCAACAACUGCAGGGUUGAUAAGGAACGGGCCCAUUUUGAAGGACUCGGGCACCACCUUGGCAAGCUGGCUGAAGAUGGGAAAAUUGGGCACAGAGUAAUUGAUCUGACCAGGCCUGAGGAUCUUGACGGUUCUUCCGCAGUCAAUACCAUCGCUAAUAAAGCACUACUUUAUCACCUUUGGUCACCAGGAGGCGCUGGAUCAGCCGAGGCGCGAGUCUUCAGGGAGUCAAGAGGGAGGAACAGCAACGAACCGCACAUUAAGAGGCCGAUGAAUGCGUUUAUGGUGUGGGCCAAAGACGAGCGACGCAAGAUCCUUCAGGCCUUCCCGGACAUGCAUAACUCAAAUAUAAGCAAGAUUUUAGGCUCCAGGUGGAAGUCAAUGUCCAACCAGGACAAACAGCCGUACUAUGAAGAGCAGGCCCGCCUGAGUAAGCUCCAUUUAGAGAAGUACCCCAAUUAUAAGUACAAACCACGGCCUAAGAGGACUUGCAUCAUCGAUGGCAAAAAGCUGCGCAUCGGGGAAUACAAACAGAUGAUGCGCUCACGGCGGCAAGAGAUGAGGCAGUUCUUCACUGUCGGGCAACCACCACAGAUUCCCAUCACCACGAGCGCCAACAUGGUCUACCCUGGAGCCAUCGCCAUGGCAACGACGACACCCUCACCGCAGAUGACGUCGGAGUGCUCAAGCGCAUCGGCGAGUCCUGAGCCGACCAUCCCCGUCAUCCAGAGCACUUUCAACAUGAAGCUGGAGGCCAACAACAUGGCCAACAACAGCGAGCCGGUCAACGGCGAGGACGACAUGGACAUGUACGAAGACUUUGAGGACGAGCCCAAAUCAGACUACAGUAGUGAAAAUGAAACACAAGAGCCAGUCAGCGCCAACUAA